UAGCGUGCAGCUGCAAGGCUAUGUAGACGAAACGUAUGCGAUACGGUUUUCCGGCAACGAAGUUGCGCAAUUAUGCACCCGACUCUAGCGCUUCUUCUCGCGAGUGCUCUCGGAUGGUUGCCUAUCUUCGUUACAGCUAGUGUUGGCGAUUGCUUAGCUAGCCUAACUUUCGAUCAGGCGGCUGGCGAUCAGCUUCAACUGUCGCAGGGCAAUUUCCGUCCGGGAUUCUCGUACAACGCAGCACUUUGUUCCUCAGCUUAUUACCUUUCGGUCGAUCUGGUGAGCGAGUCCGGAAGACGACAAUUGGACUGCGCAUCGUGAGCCUCCGGUUACAGGUCAGAACCGUAUCACAAGGUUUACACAGCUGGCUUCGUCAGGUCGUCGCCUUUCGUUGCCGGGACUG